UCACUGCAGUCAGGCAGAGCGAGAAAACUUGUGACCAAAAGCAGCAGGAGAGAGCAGCCCGGUGAGAUCAAUACAAAUCAGGACCGCAGCGACUCCACACAGUCUCCCUCCAGCCUCAGCCUCACGCACACGCACCAUGGACUGCGGAAUCAUCACGUCCAAAACCAUCCUCCUCUUCCUCAGCCUCAUAUUCUGGGCUGCAGGAGCGGCGUUGGCCUACGUUGGCGCCUACAUGAUCCAGAGCUAUGACAACUUUGGCAGUUUCAUUCAGGACAAGCACACGCUGAUCCCAGCCGUCAUCGUCAUCGGCAUCAGCGUGGUGAUGUUCGUCUUCGGCGUGGUGGGAUGCUGCUCCACGCUUCGCGAGUCCAAAUUCGGCCUCAGCUUUUUCUUCCUGAUCAUCAUGGUGAUCUUUGCAGCUGAAGUGGCUGCGUUGGUGUUCAGCUUCAUCUACCAAGGCAAGAUUAAUGGAAGCCUGGAAAAAUCUAUGAACGACGCCUUCUCAAAGUACGGCGGACAGGGCGCCGCUGAAACCAACGCUGUAGACUUACUGCAAACUCAGUUGCAUUGCUGUGGUGUCAACAACUACACCAGCUGGACCAACUCCAGCUGGUUUACCAGCCACAACAACACGGUGCCCAAGUCCUGCUGUAUAAACGUCACCUCACAGUGCACCGGCCGACUGGAUCAGCUCGAUCUGCUGAACACGGAGGGCUGCCAGGGCAAGCUGGAGCACCUCCUGCAGGAUGUGUUGAGAUAUGCAAUGCUGGUCGUUUUCGGCUUUGCCAUCAUCAAGUUCUUUGGGAUGCUGAGCGUUUGCGUGAUAACCUGUAGAACUGGCAGCCGGAGAAGUGGCUACCAGCCUCUCUAUGCCUGAAACACUUCCUGCAACCACCUACUGUACUUCCACCUCCACGUUUCGCUCCACUAGAUCUGCUGACUGCUCACACCGCACUGUACAGAAGCAUCCAUUCACUGUGCAAAAAAUCGGAUAUCGACGAGAGCAUCACAUGGAAAUCGACACAAACUCGUUAAAUCUUUUGCUGAAUGCGGCCUUGCUUUUAAUUUAUCAGUUAUUGUCUAAAUUCCCCACAUUGAAGGAUCGUAGCUUCGAUCAUGUCUCAGCACAAACUGUGGCCUUUCUUUGGAAAUAGCACAUAAAUAACAUUUUAAAAGUAAUUAAAUCAUUGUAAAUCCCUCUAUGACGAGCUUUUGGAUUUUGUUUGCUGAAAGCCUCGUGCAGCUGCUAAGACAUCAAAUGAGAGAAAAGAUCACAGGAAACAAAUCUAUUUUGGACAUUAAGGCUUCUGCUUGUAAAUCUCACUGAGCCAAAUCCCUUCGCAGCAUCCUGUAGAUAUUUUUUUUGGAGGACAUUAGACUUCAGAAUGUACUUUAAUGAAUGACUUCAAAUGAUAUUUUAAGCUUUUUUUUGUGAUUGUGAACAAAAAGACAGCGGUUUGAUGCCUUACUUAGGGGGUGCAGUAUUUAUAGCCAACUGAAUGAAUAUAAAUGUCAUUUUAUGGUCAGUUACCUGUAUUGAAUUGGGUCGUAGUUCUAGUUUGUUGUGUUUGUUAUAUUUCUGAAUUAAAAAAAGGUGAAUAUUUCACAAUAA